AAUUCGACCAAGAGGCUGACGCGGAAAUCUAAAAAUCGCAUCGGUUUUUUUUCCUCCUACAACCGGCAUGUAAAUACAAUUUUGUUGCGCUUUGCAUAGAUAACACCAACUUAGAUUUAAUGUCAGGAACAGCUCAUUUAGAUGUGUCCGAAACCGUUUAGCACUAGUUGUAAGCAUUACUUGUGUGUGCAUUAAGCGUGUGCCCUGUUAUGAAACAGGGUCUGAAUUGGUCGGCUGAGAUGCUGCCCACCGGUCCAGAGCUGCGGCUACUGCGGCUAUUGUCCUGUGUAACUAUUGUUUUACUUUUUCAAGUCACCUACGCCAAGAAAGAUUUUAAAAGCGCCUGUUCUACCUGUCAGAAAAUUACUGAUAACUUCAACAAGGGCUUUGACAGAACAGCAAAGCAGAACUUUGGCGGUGGCAACACAGCCUGGGAGGAGAGGAAACUGUCCAAAUAUGAGACAAGCGAGAUCCGUCUGAUGGAGAUUGUGGAGGGGCUGUGUGACAGCAGCAGCUUCGAGUGCAACCACAUGUUAGAGGAACACGAAGACAAUUUUGAAACUUGGUGGUUCAAGAGGAAAACAAAACAUCCUGAUCUGCAUAAAUGGUUCUGCAUUGAAACCAUCAAAGUGUGCUGUCCAAAGGGAACGUUUGGACCGGACUGUAAUGCCUGUGUGGGGGGCUCUGACAGACCUUGCCAUGGAAAUGGAAAGUGUGAUGGCGACGGGACUCGCGGAGGGAACGGAAAGUGCAGCUGUGACCACGGCUAUGAAGGAGAGUUCUGCCUAGACUGCAUCGACGGCUACUUCAAUGAAGUGAGGAACGACACAUUCUCUCUGUGCACAGAAUGCCACUCCUCCUGCAAAACCUGCAAUGGAGCGACCAAUCAGGACUGUGAUGAGUGCAAAGAAGGCUGGGAGGAGGAUGACCAGGAAACUUGUGUUGAUGUAAACGAGUGCUCCACAGAUCCUUCUCCAUGUAAAGAAGAACAAUACUGCCUUAAUACGGAAGGCUCCUACUCCUGCGAGGCCUGUGACAAAGUGUGCUCCGGCUGCACUGGAGCCGGUCCUGAUAAGUGCCAGGCUUGUGCUAGUGGGUACCAAGACACAGAGGGCACCUGCACAGAUAUUGACGAGUGUUCCCAGCCAGAGUCGGUAUGCACCAAGGAGCACGAGCAGUGUAUCAACACUAAAGGCAGCCAUGUGUGCAUCUGCUCGAGUGGCUAUGAGAAGCAAGAUGGAGAGUGUGUCCUAACGCCACUGCCAGAAAAAGAAGAGGAGUCCGAAGCAUCUGAGACGACCACAAGUCCACACGAGGAGCUUUGAUGUAAAAUCUGGGACCAAUGGGAGCGAAUCAGGAAGAACGGUUGGAAUUUCUGCACAUCUGUUGCCGCCCAUUUUUUUUAAAUGGUAGAUUACAUGCACUUAAUGUACCAGCUGCACUUAGAACCAACAAAUGCUGGCAAGACAUUGUUUUCUUCCAGCAGUGGAUCAUGGAUUAAAGGACAAAAAAAGAGAGACUAUUUAUGUUCGCAGUACUCUGGUCAUUGUUGCUUUUCUCUGGUGUGCUCAAACUACCACUUGUUGUUAUUAGUUGUAUGGUUUUAAAAUGGACGGUGUCUCAAUAAAGGUGAAUUAUGUUGAAUUAAGAAACACAA